AUGGCUUUCUCCGAUGCUGUUGUGCCGCAAACCACCUUUGAUGUUCUCCGGCUAGGAAGAUCUUCCCAAUUCAUUGUCGCCAGGCUUAUUCGUUUUUUGGGAUUCAAGAAGCAAGGUGAAUUUAUGGGCAUCAAGGAAAAGUACUACAAACUAUGCGCCAAUCAAGUUAUUCGCUCUCUUGGGAAGUUGGAGAGAUCAACGUUGCUUAAGGCCCUUUGCUCAAAGCUUCACGAGACGACUGAGCUACCCAUAUGCUUAACCGAAGACAUAGAAACCAACGAGUGUUUGCAAAUCAAUGGAGGGUGUUGGGAGAAUAAGACUACCAACAUUACAGCUUGCAUGGAUGAUCAUUCAAAAGGCUGCAAAUGUCCACCCGGCUUAAAGGGAGACGUGCUGAAAAACUGCAAAGGUAUAACUUGA